AGUAUAUAUAUUUCAUGUUUGAAUUAUCGUUAGUAUGUUGUAGACUCCCGCCCGUUUAUAACAAUCAAGAAAUAGAACGAAUUUGUUAAAGUGACAAAUUCGUUCCAAAGUCAUCUAAUCGUUAUGACAUCUCAAGACGUCACGGGUAAAAAAAAGGCAGAUUUAAAAGUUGUGAUAUUGGGUGCUGCUAAUGUUGGGAAGACCACACUUAUUCAUCGUUACGCUAAAGGAGUUUUUUCGGAACAUCCAAACACUUUAGGAGCUUCGUUUACGCUCAAACAAUGGAAAAAUAGAAACGUUGCCAUUUGGGAUACUGCAGGGGAAGAACGGUUUCAAGGCUUAAGUAAUUUUUACUGUAGACAAGCAGGAGCAGCUAUUUUGGCCUACGAUGUAACGGAAAGGAAGAGUUUUGAAGAGUUAAAAACAAGGUUUACUCAACUCUUAGCAGCUGCUGAACCGAAUAGACUGGCAGUGGUAGUUGGCACUAAACACGAUUUAGUUGAAGAAAAAGGGAAAGCUGUUGAAAGGGAAGAAGCAGUCCUGUUGGCUAAGCAAUUAAAUCCGAAUAUCUCCGAUUAUAUACCAAUUUUUGAAACGUCCAGCUUGAACGGAUUAGGAGUAACUGAAGUUUUUGAAACAAUAUUCGAAAAAUGCCUCCGAUUCGAUGCUAUAGCAACACAUUUAGUUAAUAGCACUAUUGAUCUAUCUGCACAGAAGAAGGCCGGUAGUAACAAUAGUAAAAAUAACUGUGCUUGCUAA